ACUUCUAGUCCCAGGUGGCUCUGUAAGCUGCAGUUCAGGUGCCACACGCAGAGCAAGACAUGUUUGAAGAGAGCCCUUGGUUUACGCAGAGUGACUUUCAUUCACUAACAUGAUGUUCCUGAACGGAAGAGGCUUGGGUUCAUUUCCACAACUUAUUUCAGGAUGGCAACAGCAGACCAUUACGCCAAGCAUAAAGACUCUGUGAGAAAGCGACCCUGUAUGACUGCACAGAUCACAUGUUCAUGUUGUGGGCCCUGCUGUGAACUUGGUGAAGAUCUCCUGGGAUCAUGAAUGAGGUGGAAAAAUGUUAACCAGUGAAAGAGCCCAUGUUUGGUUAGGAGGAAUUUCACGAAGCAUAUCUGAAGGAAAUUUGAUUGACAUGGAAGCCCAAAAAUCAUCAAAAAAUUGCAAUAUCACAGACUCAAGUUUGCUUCUCAAUUGGCCAGAUGCUUUCACACUUCACAGCAAUAAUGUUUCCAAAGCUACAAAUCCAUUCUGGAAUGAACUGUCUGCUUCUAACCCAUUUUUGGAUGAUAUAACUCAGCUAAGAAAUAACCAGAAGAAAAAUAAUAUUUCCAUCUUGAAGGAAGAUCCUUUUCUCUUUUUAAGAGAAAUUGAAACUGGAAAUUCUUUGGAUUCCUCUGGUGAUGAACUUGAUGUGCAUCAGUUGUGUAGGCAGUCUUCCUCAAGGAAAUCAGUGAGAUCUAAAAGUGUUUCAGAACUUUUGGACAUAUUAGAUGACAAAGCACAUGCCCAUCAGAAUACACGUAACUCUGACCAGAUCCUGGAACACGACUUAGAAUGGCUUCAAAAUGAUCGAGAGGCUUAUAAAAUGGCGUGGUUAAGUCAACGCCAGCUGGCCCGCUCCUGCCUGGAUUUGAAUAUAAUUAAUCAGAGUCCUGGAUGGGCCCAAACACAAGUUGCAGAGACUGUGGUAGUUUGUAAGUUAAACCACCAAGGAGGGUCAGUACAAUUACCUGAAUCAGAUAUCACUGUUCAUGUGCCCCAGGGUCAUGUAGCUGUGGGUGAAUUCCAAGAGGUAUCGCUAAGGGUUUUUCUUGAUCCUCCACAAAUGCUUAAUCAUGAUCUUUCAUGCACUGUAAGCCCACUGUUGGAAAUCAUGUUAGGCAACCUUAACACAAUGGAAGCCAUUUUGCUGGAGAUGAAAAUCGGGGCUGAAGUGAGAAAGGAUCCUUUCAGCCAAGUCAUGACAGAAAUGGUGUGUUUACACAGCCCGAAUAAAGAAGGCCCUUUCACAGUGUUAAACAACUGCUACAUUUAUAAAGACACCAUCCAAGUCAAGCUAAUAGAUUUGAGUCAGGUGAUGUAUCUAGUGGUUGCUGCACAAGCUAAAGCUACUCAGUCACCAGCUGCCACCAUCUGGGAUUAUAUCCACAAAACCACCUCAAUUGGAAUUUAUGGACCCAAAUAUAUCCAUCCCAGUUUCACUAUUGUUUUCACAGUUUGUGGACACAGUUAUAUGCCAGGAAAGCUUACAAUCUCUGAUAUUAAGAAGGGUGGAAAAAACACCUCUCCAGUUGUGUUUCAGCUCUGGGGGAAGCAUUCAUUCUUACUUGACAAGCCGCAAGAUUUAAGUAUUUCUGUUUUUUCAUGUGAUCCUGGUUUUGAAGUAAAGAUAGAAGGAGAAAGGAAAGAACUUAAACAAAAGCACUUGCAAGCAAGUCAAGUACUUCAUCAACAAUUUUUAUUUUCUUUAGUUGACUCCAGAAAAAUGCACUUGUUUGUUUUCCAGGUUCAGUUGGGGCCUCCCAAUGGUAGACCAGUGACACAGUUUUUUAUCACUACACCUGAUCCAGCCCCAAACCUAAAAAGACACUUAAAUCUGCCAGGUAAUUUGCAGAAAGAGAAAGAAAUAAAGUCUGCUCCUUCAUUACCAGCAGUGUAUGUUAAAUACCCUACAUUUCAAGACAAAAAAUUAAACUUUACCAAAUAUGGAGUGACUCUGAAGACAGUGCUAAGACAAAACAAGAUUGACUACUUACUUGAAUAUAUCAAAGGGGACACAAUAGCUCUUCUUGGAGAAGGUAAGAUAAAAGCCAUUGGGCAGUCCAGAGUGAAAGAAUGGUAUGUGGGAGUCCUGCGAGGUAAGAUUGGACUUGUACACUGCAAAAAUGUCAAGGUGAUUACAAAAGAGCAAGUAAUAUCAAUGUCAGAUCGUGUCUUCACAACCAGGAACCUUCUUGAACAAAUUGUCCUGCCCUUUAAAAAACUGACUUAUAUCUACUCAGUUAUAUUGACUUUGGUAUCAGAAAAAGUUUAUGAUUGGAAAGUUUUAGCUGAUGUCCUGGGUUACUCACAUCUGGCACUAGAAGGUUUUGAACGAACACAUGCAGACAAAGAAUCAGAAAAAGUUUCUUAUGUUUUAAAGAAGUUAAAGGAAGAUUGCCACGGAGACAAGAAUACCAGAAAGUUUCUUUAUGAGCUUGUUGUGGCCCUACUGAAGAUGGAUUGCCAAGGGAUAGUAGCGCAUAUCAUCCAAGAGGCUGCGCUCCUGACUUCAGCUGUCAAGCUGGGAAAAGGCUGGAGGGAACUAGCUCAAAAGCUAGUACGAUUCACAAAGCAGCAAGUGGAGGCAUAUGAAAUUCCUCACCGAGGAAAAGCUGGAGCUGUUGCUGUGGAGAUGAUGUGGAAACCUGCUUAUGAUUUUCUCUAUACUUGGGGUGCUCACUACGGAAAUAGCUACAGAGAUGUGUUACAAGACCUGCAAUCUGCUUUGGACAGAAUGAAAAACCCUGUGACCAAACAAUGGCGAGACUUAACCGGAGCUUUACUACUAGUACAUUCUUUAGAGGUUUUGAGAGCAACUGCAUUCUCCACUUCCGAAGAAGUAUAGAAAUGAAGGACUGCCAAAAAGGAUGUGCGAGUUAUCAGAAAUCUGUUGCCUGCAAACAUGGACACGAGUUUCCACCACCUUCCUCCAGCAUCUUGGGACCAGCUAAUCCUUGACCUUACUUCAGGAUCCUAAUGUAGAAUAGUUCAUUAAGUCUCAGGGAUUUUUAAUAACAGGGGUUAUUUUUAAAAAUAAAACCUUCCUUUAUCACUGUUGAAUGUAAUAGUCUUAACCACUCAAAACACUGAUACCUGUGUGUGUGCAUGCUCACAUGCUCAUGCAGACACAUGUGUGUGUUUAUGUACCAGAGUGUUUUAUAAAGAUGAUAUAGGAAUCUGGGCCAGUAUAAAGGUGAACUACUGGCAGAGAGCUCAGAAAUAAAUGGUCUGUGCUUACUCAUGGGUUCAACCCUCUGGACACCUGCCAGUAUUUAUAUAUUUUGGAUGCUUAUUCAUUUAUUGUCAUUCAGUUGACAGAUGGAGUGAGUGUUCCUUUUUUGUGGUAGGCACAUACAUUCUUGAGGUUAAUAAUGGGAAAAUAAAACCAGCAUGCUCUCUGACAUCAGGAUUGCCAAGUGAUGGAUACAGAUAAUAAUAAAAAAAAAUUAUGCAGUUAAAUGCAAAUGGCAUCUGGAAUAAUGGCUGCAGUGGAGAGGCUAGGAUGCCAAAAGAUAUACUAGUAUAGAUAGGAGGCCAUCAUCUGAAUCAGGGGGGUCAAGUGAGUUUUCGCUGGGAAAGGCAUGAUGAGCCCGAAGGAGGAGGAGGCAUUGCUUCCAGUCUGGGAUGGUGGAAGAUGGAGUCCCUCAGACCACUGAAGCCCUCUGGAGGGAGGGAGUGCAGGCAAGGCAGGCAAUGCCUGAAAGGGUGAAGGAGUAAAGGAAAGAAAGACACACCUUCAAAGGUAAUGUGGACAAGCUGAAUAAGGAUUUUGUUUGGGAUCCUGAAUAAAACAUGUCCAUUUGGCUGAAAAGUGAAAGCAGAAUCUUUUCAGAGCUUUUAAUACAUCCACCCUGGGGCAUUUGGUAUGCUGGAAAAGGUAACUUGAAUUAGGGUUUCAGAACAAUCUCUACGGCUUUCUAUAUUUAUAUUUGAUGAUAACAGUACAAAGCCUGACCAAGGAGUUACAUACAUACAUUUAAGGAUGGAAUUUAUUUUAGUUGAAACUAAAUUCUGGGAGAGGGAAAAAAUGACUUGGAAGUUCAGGACACAGUCAUUGAGUGGUAAUUUUGCUUUCUUUAGAACAUUCUUGGAAUCUUAUUAACAUGUCAGCAAAUCAGAGAAUUUUGGGAAGGAAUUAAUAACUGGGUUUCUCCAGGCUCCAGGGUCUGAGAAGACAGAGAUUUUGUUAGCUGGUUGAGGAAGUAAGAUGAAAUAAGUCACUUCAGGUUUACAUAGCAUCAUGUGUUGUGAUUGUGGCUGGGAAGUUUAAGAAGAGUUUAAAAAAUGAAAAACACGAUCUUUGUAACUUAAGGAUGAAGCGAUGGUUUCAACAUUAAUAGACACAAAGAUAUUUUAUAAUCUUGUAAUAAAUCCUCUCAAAUUUUAAACCCAUGUCCAAACUUUCUGUUCUUAUAAAUAUAUUCUAAUAUUUUAUAAAUCAUUUCUAGUUUUCUUUCCAUAAUGGAUAUCCAUAAUCAGAAAAGAUUAGCUCAGUAAUCAUGAAUUGCCUUUAAUACCUGGCAGCAAAUCAAGGGAAUUAAUAAAGCACUUAAAUCCCAUCCUUGAUAACAUUAAAAGCAUCAAAAACAAUUAAUCUAAAAUUUCUUCAACAAUUUUGGAAGCAUAGAUAGUUCUUUCGUUUCCUCAGGCUUUCCCUCUAAUGAUGCCUCAGGAUGAGAUUUUAGUUCAGUGCUCAGCUUGCAACAUAACAAUUUUUCUGUGUACGCCGCAAUCCUCUACUUCCAUCUGUUAAAGCCCUAAUAUGAAGGCCAAUUAAGGAGGUGCCUGCCACAGUGGCUCAUUAACUGCUCAUAUCGAUAACGGAUACAACACAUUUUUGUAGAAAAUACCAUAUGAAGUUUUGAGCUAGGGGAUGACUAGUUUCCUGGAAGGAGCAGAAUGAACUACAUUAAUGGGUGGUGUUGAUCUAAAAAAAGUUGCUGCUAGUAAACAGCUUUGACUAUGUGAUAUGAAAAUGCAAUAGAGAAAGUACACUCAAAAUCGUAUAAUACUGUAAUUGGAAAAUUCAAAACUUGAAUUUUUAUACUGCGCUCGUGUAAAUUAUAUUUUCUUAAAUUUUUGUAAUGCCUAAGGAAUAUUUGAAGCAAUUCGAAGGACAAGGAAAAUAAUGAAAAAUUAUGUUGCUGGAGGCUUUUCUAAUGAAAAUAGAUCUUGUUUCUUCUUAUACAUAAAAAUUCUUCCCUGCUCUCCCAUAUGGAGUGUUUUCUCAUGUGCUGCUGUAGAGCUUAGCGAGUGAUGUUCCAAGAUCAUAUGUUGGCAUUAUACCAGGUGGGCUUACUCCAAAGACAUUCAUCAGAAUAAAAUAACCACCUGGAGAGUUUGUUGGCACUGACCGCUGAGCCCCACCCUCAGAAUUUCUGAUGGGGCAGGUCCAGGUGCCCGAGGAUGGUGAUGCAGAUGCCUCUGGUUCAGGGACCCCAGUCAAGAACCACUACAUUAAUUUCCUCCAUUUCUAUAGGAAGAAGAGAAUAUUAAACUGGAAAGACAUGCUUUUAGAUAAACAAAUUUUUGUCAUCCCACCAGAGAAAUAAUUUUUAAGCUGUAAAAAUACACACCUAAAUCACAUUAUAUAAUAGCUUAAUUUAUUUAUAUAAACUGAACUUUUUCUAAAUGAAUUAUUAAGAGCCUGAAAAUAGUCAUUUUGAUUGUAAAACUAAUUAAAAUAAUUAAGAUCUGCCUAUUUGAAAUGUAAAGAUAUUAGAAUAAAAUAGAUUAAGAAUUUGA